UGGGAAGAGUUUAACUGAACCUUUUCUCUUUGUUUUCAGAGUCUAACAGCCGACGGGCGGUGAACAGAGGCUACCUGGGUGGAUUGCUGAGACUCUAUCAAGACUGGCACCACAAUGAUAUCUCCAACAACUACAUUCAUAUUCGUAGGGGACUCCUGCUCUGCUUAAAGCACAUCACCAACAUCCAGCUGGGCAGGGAGACUUUCCUCGAUGCCCGGGGUAUGGAGAUUCUCUUUACCAGUGUACAGGACUGUUUGUCUUGCAAAAAUCUGGAUCCUAUCAUAACCACUGUGACUCAGAUUCUGAGAAAGUGCUACCCCAAGGAGCUUCUGCCUGUGCCGACAGUAAGAAGUUCCUACUCCUUCCCUCUUCCUGGGAACGCCAAGGCUGAACCUCCCUGUGAGGGACCUGAAGGUUUCUAUGAAAGCGAUGGAGAGGAAGAGGCCGAAAAAGACCUGGAUAAUGAGGAUGUGGAGAGUAAGGAGGAAGAUUAUGACUUGGAGACAGAUGUGAACAAACUGAGGUCAAGGCCAGACCUUGACCGUCCAGAGGAAGAGCUUGGACAAUAUGAAGCAAUGUGUCCAGAACUUUCCCAGAACUUUCAGGAGCUUGAAUCAGAAUCUGAGGAAGAGAAGAGCUUGGAGGACAGGACUGAGAAUCUUCCCUCUAUUCCCUCUCAUUUCAUUCCAAGUGCUACUUUUAUGAAACAUCCAAACUACAGAUGGAGAAAGGAAAGUGUCACAGAGAUGGGAUCAGAUCCAGGGGAAAAGGAUUUCAAAGUCGCACUGCAGAGCUGGACAAAGAAGGAGAAAUGCAGAUGGGAUCAGAUGGAUGAAAAGAGAGACAUUGCAGCAUCAGCCCAAGAUGCAAACUCCUGUGAAGAGGAAGAUCCAGCCAGGAGUCGCGUACUUACUUUACGUCCUCUUCUAAAAGAUGCUGCUUGGUACAAAGAAAUGUUUUACUCUGAAAGUGAGGCCUCAACCAAUCCUAAUCCUGGAGGGAGGCUGGAGAACUCAGACAUAGUGACAAAUCUUCUGGAGAAACACCAAGACCAUAUCCCGUUCCACAGCCCUCACUUCUACAUAGCUAGGGCCAAAUGUGUUAAGUCCAUACCAGACUACAAAGACGUAGCAUUCCCUGAUUUCUGGGGUCACCAGCCACCUCCUUACAGCACGCCCAUGUUGGAGCGCAGAUCUGGGGUUCAAAGGGAAAAAGUACUAGAUGAUGUUCGCCGCUUAAUCCAGCCGGGCGAUGUGAUAGGCAGAACGGUUUUCGAUUUAGACGAGCCCAGUCACUCAAGCCCAAGUGCUCCAGGCUGUCUGACAUUCUUCUCCAAGUUUGAAUCGGGAAACCUUCGCAAAGCCAUCCAAGUGCGUGAGUUUGAGUAUGACUUAAUUAUGAAUGCAGAUGUGAACGGCAACCAGCAUCACCAAUGGUUCUACUUUGAAGUCCGCGACAUGAAAUUAGCAGCUUCCUAUCGCUUCAAUAUUAUCAACUGUGAGAAGUUCAAUAGCCAAUUUAAUUAUGGCAUGCAGCUGGUCAUGUACUCAGUGAAGGAAGCCCUCCAGGGCAGGCCUUGCUGGCUUCGGGCAGGCCAUGAUAUCUGCUACUACAAAAACCACUACUACUGCAGUGCAGCUGCAGGAGAAGGCAUGAGAGGAAAAUGCUACUACACGCUCACCUUCAGUAUCAAAUUCCCUCACAAAGAUGAUGUCUGCUAUCUGGCCUACCAUUAUCCCUACACUUACUCCACAAUGAUGUCCCAUCUUGAUAUCCUGGAACAAAAUAGGAACCCCAAGAAGGUUUACUGGAGGCAUCAGACGCUCUGCCAGACGCUAGGAGGAAACCCAUGCCCAUUGCUCACGAUCACUGCUAUGCCAGAAUCUAAAAAAAGAGACCACUUGGAGCAGUUCUACAAUCGUCCGUAUGUGUUUCUAAUGGCCCGUGUUCACCCUGGUGAAAGCAAUGCUAGCUGGGUAAUGAAGGGGACCCUGGAGUUCCUUGUGAGCAGUGAUCCCAUUGCUGAUCUCCUGCGGAAAUGUUUCAUUUUCAAGAUUGUUCCCAUGCUUAAUCCUGAUGGAGUCAUCAAUGGCAACCACCGUUGUUCAUUGAGUGGGGAUGAUCUGAACAGGCAGUGGUUGACACCCAGUUCCCAGCUCCAUCCGACUAUUUACCACGCCAAAGGUCUUCUCUAUUACCUGCGCAGCAUUGGCCGGGCUCCUCUGGUAUUCUGUGACUACCACGGACACUCCCAGAAAAAGAACGUGUUUCUUUAUGGCUGCAGCAUCAAGGAGACCUUGUGGCAAGCAGGCUGCAUGGUUGACACAGCAGUUAUCACAGAAGAUGUUGGCUACAGGACUCUUCCUAAAAUCCUGGAUAAAGUGGCCCCUGCAUUUGUCAUGAACAGCUGCAGCUUCCUGGUGGAGAAGUCCCGGGAGUCGACAGCCCGGGUGGUGGUAUGGAAGGAAAUGGGUGUGUUGAGGAGCUACACUAUGGAAAGCACGUACAGCGGCUGCAGCCAUGGACUCUACAAAGACCCACAGGCAGCCACUGAGGACAAAAGCAAGUUGACGUAUGAGGGCUUGUCACUGGUGACAGAAGCCAAUGUUCUCAUGGCCCAUGGGGAAGUCU